CUGGGGUCAAAAGGGAAAUUGCCAGUGAAGAUGUCAUCCUUGGCAUCAGCAAACCAGAGCUCCGGGGAGUCUGAGGAUUAUUCCUACGGGAACUGGUACAUUGAUGAACCGACCUCAGGAGGAGAGGCAUCUCAACCAGACGAAACUAUUCCAGCCUGCCAUCACAGCUUCCCACCCAGCCUUUACCAUACCUGCUUGGCCCCGCUAUCGCUGGCUGCCAUCUUGCUGCUGUCCCUGCUAGUGAAGCGCAGGAGGCUCUGCCUGGGGUGCUGGCAUGGGAUCUUUGGACUUCCCAGUCCUUUGGAUUUCUUGGCAGAAGAAAGUGGCCGGCUGGUGCCUGUGGCUGUGUUUGGGAUCCUCUUCACUAACCUCUGUGUGCUGGGUUUGGAUGAAAACCCAUUGCCCUUCCUCCCCAUCUCCUCCCCAGCUGGUCAAGGUUACUGGAAGACCUUGGCUUUGCUCUACUACCCCGCCCUCUACUACCCUCUGAUUGCGUGUGCCACAGUCCGACACCAAGCCGGAUACAUCCUGGGCUGCUUACUCUCCUGGGCCCACUGUGGGGUCCAAAUAUGGCAUAAAGUGGAGUGCCCUCAGACACCCAAGAUCUACAGGUACUACUCCCUGCUGGUCUCCCUGCCCCUCCUCUCUGGCCUUGUGCUCCUGAGCCUUUGGUACCCUGUGCAGCUCCUGAGAAGCUGGAGUGGAAAGAUGACCCCGGCCAGCCCAGAGGUGAUGGAGGAAAGCUAUUAUGAAGACUAUCUCAGGCAUGUCCUCAGUGGGAAGAGGUCAAAAAGCAGCUCCAUGGUGACCAAUCCAAGGUUUCCCACUCGGGUCUUGUUCUGUUUCCUCUCUUACAUCUACAUUCCACAGCGAGGUUUCCGGCUUCCUCUGAAGCUCAUCCUUUCAGCUGCCUUGGCAGUGAUCACAGUUUACCAGGAGGCCCUGCUGUUCCUGGUGGCUUUUGUCCCCCUCCUUCAAAAGGCCAGAGCAGGAAUCACGGAAGAAGUCACCUAUCUGCUGGCUGGCUUUGGGCUGGUCCUCUCAGAAGACAAAUCAGAAGUGAUGGAGCUGGUGAAGUAUUACCUAUGGGCUUUAGAAGUGUGCUAUGUCUCUGCCCUGGUCCUGUCCUGCUUGCUCACCUUCCUCAUGCUGACAAGGUCGAUGGUGACACACAGAGCUAACCUGAGGGCUCGGCAUUGUGGUGCCACUCCGGAUGGAUGCCCCCAGCUGCAGAAGCAGGGUUUGAGUGCCACGGCCAUCUUCUGCUGGAUGAGCUUUUCGGGUUACCAAACAGCCUUCGUCUGCCUUGGGCUCUUCCUGCAGCAGGUCAUCUUCUUCCUUGGGUUCGUGGUUUUCACCUUUCUGGUCAUCAUACCCAUCCUAUAUGGCAGGAAUCUCCUACUCUUCCAUAUGUUGGAGAGCAUGUGGCCCUUCUGGCUCACGCUGGUGCUGGCUGUGAUCCUGCAGAGCCUAGCUGCUCGCUGGGCCUUCCUGGAGAAUCAUCAUGGCCAGCAAGAACUGACUAACAGGAAAGCUCUAUAUGCCAUCACUUUCCUGCUCUUCCCCGUUAAUGUGCUGGUGGGCAUCAUGGUGGGUAUCUGCCGGAUGGUGAUCUCCACCCUCUACAACAUCAUCCAUUUCUGCCAGCUGGACCUCAGCUUGCUCUCCCAUGGAGUGGACACUUUGGACCCAGGCUAUCGCACUUACUGCUAUUACUUGAAGAUGGAGGUCAGCCAGUCACAUCCAGCAAUGAGAGCCUUUUGUUUCUUGCUCCUGCAAUUACCUGGUUCCCGGGGACUGGCUGGAGCCCAAGCUGUUCUCAGACCAAGUGAUGUAGAAGAAGGGAUCCAUUUGCUGCAGACCAAGAACCCGGCCAGGAAUGCCACCAAGUCAAAACAAAGUCGGGUCCGCUGGGGAUUGGCCUAUACCCUUAUCCAUAAUCCAUCUCUCCUGGCCUUCCGGAAGAAAACGCUGGCUGGUCCUCUGGCCAAUGGGAGUCAGCCCAGCCCUCCCAACCCCUGAUGAAUCUGCAGAGCCAGGAGGGGAAAGGAGAAGGAACCGCCUGUUUGUGUCUCUGUCCAGGGAGGUCCCUGGCAGGAGCCUCGCUGACAUUUUCCUUCUUUCCUCUCCCUCUUUCCUCCUGGAUUCUUCCCAAAGUCAUUGCUUUGAAGUUCCUUUCUGGAGGAAUGCUGGUCUCCUCCCACCUAGAGAGAUUGUACGGAGAACAGCUUCUGUAUGCUGAUGGUGCACCAUGCAUCAGCUUUUGUCUGUUGUUAAUUUGAUGUGACCCCUGGCAAAUGUCAGCAUCCUCAGCUUCCUAGA